AUGGCCGGGACUGGGAAAAUCACAAUCUCCAUCGACCGUGGCGGUACAUUUACCGAUGUACACGCCAUCGUUCCCGGUCGCCCUGACAUCAUCCUCAAGUUACUAUCCGUUGAUCCUGCCCACUACCAAGAUGCUCCUACAGAGGGUGUUCGUCAGAUCCUCGAGAAGGUUACGGGUGAAUCUUUCCCUCGGGGGAAGCCCCUGAAGAUGGACGCAAUUGGCAGCCUACGGAUGGGAACUACCGUAGCAACAAAUGCCUUGUUGGAGCGCAAGGGCGCUCGAUCGGCCCUCCUCACGACUAAGGGAUUUCGUGAUCUAUUGCACAUUGGUGACCAAUCGCGGCCAAACAUCUUCGAUCUGUCCAUGGCCCGACCCAGUGUCCUUCCCGAGGGUGUCGUGGAGAUCAAUGAACGAGUCCUCCCCAUUCAUGCGGCCGCGGAUAAGGACUGCUUUUCCAGCUCUCGCGUGGAGGAGGGCGUCACCGGCGAGAAGUUUCGCGUGGUACAGGAGUUGGACGUGGAACAGGUUCGAACUGAGCUUAAGCGCUUGAAGGAGCAAGGUUACCAGUCGUUAUCUGUUGCUCUAGUCCAUUCAUUCGCCUACCCGGAACAUGAGCGUAUCAUCGGAGAUUUGGCCGAGAAGAUGGGCUUCUCCGUUACUCUGUCCUCCAAGCUGCAGCCCAUGAUCAAGAUCGUGCCUCGAGGAAUGUCGGCUGCUGCCGAUGCGUACCUCACCCCUGUCAUCAAGACCUACAUCGACUCCAUCUCAUCUAGCUUUGAAGGCGGCCUAGACCAGCAGCGCGAGUGUCGGUUCGAAUUUAUGCAGUCGGACGGUGGUCUGGUUGACUUCCGCAAAUUUAGCGGCUUGAAGGCCAUUUUGUCUGGUCCGGCUGCCGGUGUUGUUGGCUUCGCAGCGACCAGCUGGGACCCCACCGAGAAGACGCCGGUCAUCGGUUUUGACAUGGGCGGUACUUCUACCGACGUGUCUCGCUUCGACGGUCAUCUGGAGCAUGUCUUCGGGUCAAAGGUUGCUGGUGUCCUGAUCCAGUCCCCCCAGCUCGAUAUCAACACCGUUGCCGCUGGUGGUGGCUCCAUCCUUUCGUAUCGGAACGGUCUGUUCUACGUCGGGCCCGAGUCCGCGUCCGCUCAUCCCGGCCCUGCCUGCUACCGCAAAGGAGGUCCUUUGACCGUCACUGAUGCCAAUCUUUUCUUGGGACGUCUGAUGCCGGAAUAUUUCCCACACAUCUUUGGCCCCAAUGAGGACCAGCCGCUUGACCUCGAAGCGACAACCAAGCUCUUCACUGAGUUGACUCAGAAAAUCAAUGCUGAGCGCAAAGAGAGUGGCGAGACUGAGUACACGCCUGAGGAGAUUGCUCUCGGAUUCUUGAAGGUUGCUGACGAAUCGAUGGCUCGCCCGAUCCGGAACCUUACUCAGGCUCGGGGCUUCGAGACGGCGUCUCAUCACUUGGCUUGUUUCGGCGGAGCUGGUGGACAGCACGCCUGCUCCGUUGCCGCUUCACUGGGCAUCUCUCGCGUCAUCAUCCACAAGUACUCGUCGGUCCUAUCAGCCUAUGGCUUGGCUCUGGCCGAGGUGGUUAAGGAGUCGCAGGAGCCGGUUUCCAAGGAUUACUUGAACUCCCAGUCGACGCUUGAAGGUCGCUUUGAUGAGUUGAUCAAGGUUGCCACGGAAGACAUGGAGGUUCAAGGCUUUUCAGCCGACCAGGUUCGGCACGAACUAUACCUCAACAUGCGUUAUGACGGAUCCGAUACGAGCUUGAUGAUUCUGAAGCCCGAGGACGGUUCCGAUUUCCUGGAGCAGUUUCGCGUCCGCCACCGCCGUGAGUUCAAUUUCAACUCGGAGCGGUCUGUUCUCGUCGACGAUAUCCGUGUGCGCACGAUUGCUUCGUCCAAGGUGCGGGAGGAAAAGAGCCCUCUUGUGCAACUGAAGGAAGCUUCUCUGCAAGACGUCGCCGCCUCGCCUGAUAACACGACCAAGGCAUUCUUCGACGGACACCCCAGCCGUAUCGACACGCCUGUCUAUCUAUUAGACAAGCUCGAUAAAAACAUCCGCGUCCAUGGACCUGCAGUCAUCAUCGAUAACACCCAGACAGUCGUGGUAGCGCCCGAUUCCGUGGCGAGUAUUUUGGAAACGUGCAUUGUCAUUGAUCUCAAAGAUUCACAGAAGAAUGCCCAGAGCGGCGCUUCUUCCGGCAUUGACCCCAUCCGAUUGAGUAUUUUCGGACAUCGCUUCAUGUCGAUUGCAGAACAAAUGGGCCGUACGCUACAGAAGACGUCGGUCUCCACAAACAUCAAGGAGCGUUUGGACUUUUCGUGCGCUCUAUUCUCUCCAGAUGGCGGACUCGUCGCUAACGCGCCUCACGUUCCGGUACACCUUGGGUCCAUGCAGUUCGCAGUUCGCUUUCAGCACCAGAAGUGGCUUGGAGAUUUGAGAGACGGAGACGUGCUGGUUGCUAACCACCCGAGCUCUGGCGGCACGCAUCUUCCUGAUAUCACAGUCAUCACCCCCGUGUUUGACAAGCCCGGUGGCAGCGAGAUCAUGUUCUACGUAGCAUCUCGUGGCCAUCACGCCGACAUCGGUGGUAUUCUCCCCGGAUCUAUGCCGCCCAAGUCGACCGAGCUCUGGCAGGAAGGAGCUGCCAUCGAAGGAGACAAGAUUGUCAGCAACGGCGUCUUCAAUGAAGACCGUGUUCACGAACUUCUGGUCCGGAAGCCCGCCGAACACCCUGGCUGCGCUGGGGCCCGGUGCUUUAGUGACAACCUGUCUGAUCUGAAGGCACAAAUUGCUGCCAACACCCGUGGUAUCACUCUUAUCCAGAGUCUUUUUGCCGAAUAUGGCGUCCAAACUGUCCAAAAGUAUAUGUACGCCAUUCAAGAAACCGCCGAAACCGCCGUACGCAACCUCCUCAAAGACCUCCACCGGCGGUUCGGCGGCCAGCCUCUAGAAUCCAUUGACUACAUGGACGACGGCACACCCAUCAAGCUCAAAAUCACCAUCAACGGCAACGACGGCUCCGCUGUCUUCGACUUCGCAGGCACCGGUCCCGAAGUCUACGGUGGCUGGAACGCCCCGAUCGCCAUCACCCACUCGGCCAUCAUCUACUGCCUCCGAUGCAUGAUCAACGCGGACGUGCCUCUCAACCAGGGCUGUCUGGCCCCGAUCGACAUCCAAGUCCCCUCCCCCAGCAUUCUCUCCCCAACCAAGACCGCCGCCGUCGUCGGUGGUAACGUCGUCACCUCGCAACGAAUCACAGACGUGGUCCUCAAGGCAUUCCACGCGUGCGCCGCCUCGCAAGGAUGCUGCAACAACCUCACAUUCGGCACGAACCCCAAAACAGACCCAGAAACCGGCGCCACCAUCCCAGGCUUCGGCUACUACGAGACUAUCGCCGGUGGCAGCGGCGCAGGGCCCAGCUGGACCGGCGAGUCAGGGAUCCACGUGCACAUGACCAACACACGAAUCACGGACCCGGAGAUCCUCGAGAAACGGUACCCCACGCUGCUGCGGCAAUUCACGCUGCGUGAGGGAUCCGGCGGCAAGGGUGCGCACCGUGGUGGCGACGGCGUUGUGCGCGAUAUUGAGUUCCUGGCGCCCAUGGAGUGUUCGAUUCUCUCGGAACGACGUGUCCAUCGCCCGUACGGAUUAGAGGGCGGAGAGGCCGCGCAGACGGGUCUGAAUCUGUGGGUUUCGAAGGACGCGGAGACGGGUGGUGAGAGGGUGGUGAAUAUCGGAGGAAAAAAUACGGUGUCGGUGAAGACGCAUGAUCGCGUGGUGAUUAUGACAGCGGGAGGUGGUGGAUGGGGGAAGAAGUCUGAAUGA